CAGAGUCUCAAACCCCUUCUCUAAGCCUCGGUCUGCUCUCUGGACUGCUGGACUGUCCUCAACUCAUCAUGCGACAGCCUACACUAUCCCCCAGAGGUCUUGUCCGCGCCCUACACGGUCCCCGCUCUUCCGUGCUGUCCAGGUCUUUUGCGACGCCCACCUAUCUACCGGACAAGGACUGUACCUCCAUCACGCCGCCUUACAGCAGGCUUAUCGACAACCUUGCCAUCGUCAGGGAAGUCACUGGAAAGAGGCCGCUCACCCUCGCAGAGAAGAUUCUAUACAGUCACAUCGAUGAGCCGGAACGGACACUGGCCGAUGGAGGCAUCAAGCGGGGAGAGACGUACCUGCAGCUCAGCCCGGAGCGAGUAGCAAUGCAGGAUGCUUCUGCCCAGAUGGCACUGCUGCAGUUCAUGAGUGCUGGGAUGUCGACAUGCGCGGUUCCUGCAAGCAUUCACUGCGACCAUCUCAUACAGGCGGUAGAGGGCGCUGAGAACGACUUGCAGAGGUCUAUCUUGACGAACCAAGAAGUCUUCGACUUUUUGGAGAGUGCUGCGCGCAAAUAUGGUAUCGAGUUCUGGAAGCCUGGGUCCGGCAUCAUUCACCAGAUCGUCCUUGAGAACUAUGCCGCACCGGGAAUGCUCAUGCUCGGAACAGACUCGCAUACUCCCAACGCCGGUGGGCUCGGCAUGCUCGCAAUUGGUGUUGGUGGAGCGGAUGCUGUGGACGCCCUCACCGGUACUCCAUGGGAGCUGAAGGCUCCUAAGAUCAUCGGCAUUCACUUAACGGGUGAAUUAAAUGGCUGGACUACUCCUAAGGAUCUCAUCCUCAACGUUGCCGGCAGGCUGACGGUCCGGGGAGGUACAGGUGCCAUCCUCGAAUACUUCGGUCCUGGCGUCUUCAACCAGUCUUGCACUGGCCUGGCCACUGUCGCUAACAUGGGUGCUGAGGUCGGCGCUACAACAUCGACCUUCCCGUACACCCCCCGCAUGCGAGCAUACCUUGAAGCCACUGGUCGUGCGCCUGUCGCUCGCGCUGCAGACCACGCAGCCUCCCAAGGCUAUCUCGCUGCAGAUGAGGGCGCAGAAUAUGACGAAGUCAUUCAGAUCGACCUCUCGAAAUUGGAGCCUACAGUGAACGGCCCUUUCACCCCGGACCUAGCCACCCCGCUGUCUAAGUUCGGCACCUUUGUCAAGGAGCAAGGCUGGAAAGACGAACUCUCCGCGGCGCUCAUCGGCUCGUGCACUAACAGCUCGUACGAGGACAUGACCAGUGUCGCGCAUCUCGCGCGCCAGGCGAAGAAGGCGGGUUUGAAGACCAAGGUGCCAUUCCUCGCGACGCCCGGCUCAGAACAGAUCCGCGCGACGAUCGAGCGCGACGAGAUCACGAAUGAGCUCGAGGACGUCGGUGCGACCGUCCUGGCAAACGCGUGCGGCCCGUGCAUCGGGCAGUGGAAGCGCGAAGACAAGCAAGGAGAGGAGAACGCCAUCCUUACCUCCUUCAACCGCAACUUCAAGUCGCGCAACGACGGCAACCGGCUCACGAUGAACUUCCUCGCCUCGCCCACGGUCGUCACCGCCAUGGCGUUCUCCGGCAAGCUCUCCUUCAACCCCAUGACCGACGCCAUCACCACACCCUCUGGGGAAUCCUUCCGCUUCGCGCCGCCCCAGGGUCGGGACCUUCCCGAGGCCGGCUUCACUCCUGGGAAGACAGAUUACUACCCGAAGCCGCAGCCGCAGCCGCAGCCAGAGACGGAGGUGGUCAUCCGUCCGGACUCCCAGCGGCUGGAGAUCCUGCAGCCUUUCCCGAGCCACUUUGGGGAGGGGAGCGGGAAUUCGAGGGGGCUGGAGCUGCCACCGUUGAAGGUUUUGAUGAGGGUGCGAGGGAAGUGCACGACCGACCAUAUCUCGGCCGCUGGACCGUGGCUCAAGUACAAGGGUCACUUGACGAACAUCUCCGAGAACCUUCUCAUCACUGCCGUCAAUGACGAGGGUGGCGAUGUCAAUGUUGCCUUUGAUUACGACCAUGCACCUGGCGAGUCCGAGACAGACACCAUUCCCAAUGUCGCCAAGCGCUUCAAGGCUCGCAAGCAGCCAUGGGCCCUUGUCGUUGAUGACAACUACGGCGAAGGCAGCGCGCGCGAGCACGCUGCUCUGCAGCCUCGGUUCUACGGUUGCGCCGCGAUCGUCGCCCGCUCCUUCGCUCGUAUCCACGAGACCAACCUCAAAAAACAAGGCAUCCUGCCGCUCUGGUUCGUCGAUAAGGUCGACUACACCCGCAUCGGCGCCGGGGACACCAUCGAGACACUCGGCCUCGCGGACCUGCUCGCGGGCAAGACGGACGCGGUCGUGAGCCUCCGCGUGACGCGCAGGAAUGGAGAGACGUUCGAGAUCCCCGUCCGCCACACGAUGUCCGCGGACCAGCUCAAGUGGCUCCGUGCGGGCUCCGCGCUGAACCACAUCCGGGCGCAGAUCGCGGCUGGCUCGAGUUCGAGCUGAACACAUGUGUGGAAAAAAUGGAUCUCAAAAGUAUCUACUGUACUAUCUAUUGUAUGUGUAUCAGGUUGGCAUUGCGUUAGCUGGAUUCAAUGUGAAUCUGCGGGUGGGUAAGACCGUGGAUCCAGGCAUCGAGAGGUGCUCCACACUACAAGCCAAUUGACCCUAGGACACGAGGCAUUGAGAGAGGAAGACAUGGCCCUUCCGUCCAGUUGCAUCGUCUUCCAGAUAUGGAUGUGAGGGGUUAACGUCAUGACAUAGUUUGGAAGUAACUCAGACUGCCUUCUCC